UUUACAUAUUCAAUUUUUUUCUGUCAAUUUCAAAGAUGAGUAAAUUCCUCAAAAAAACCUUGUUCAAUAAAAUACUGAGAUGGAAUUUGAUACUACCUGCCAGGACCAUAGAAUACACAAGAUCAAUCCUUAGGCCACUAACAACAAUGAAGCCCCAAAAAAGCGUUUAUUUAAUAGACGAAUCCGAUAGCAAUGGAAAUAAGUCCCCAAAGUCCAACAAAUACACUUAUAGAACACACAAUUGUGGUGAACUUAACGUAGAAAAUGUAGGUGAGAAAGUAGUGUUGUGUGGCUGGCUCCAAUAUCAAAGAAUGAACAAAUUUGUUGUUCUUAGAGAUAGUUAUGGGGAGACACAGUUGUUGAUUACUAAUAAAGCUACCCAGGAUUUAUUGGGGCAAAUGCCUUAUGAAACUAUAAUUCGUAUAAAAGGCAGUGUUUUGUCGAGGCCUAGAGAUAUGAUUAAUAAAAAGCAAAUUACUGGAGAGAUUGAAAUUCAAGUAGACGAUUUUCAAAUUUUGAAUCAAGCCAAAGAUAAUUUGCCUUUCAAUAUAAGAGAGUUUCAAAAAGCCAAAGAAGGUUUGAGGAUGCAAUACAGAUAUUUAGAUAUAAGAUUUCCUCAAAUGCAAAAAAACUUAAGGACCAGAUCAAAGAUUUUCAUGAAGCUGAGAGAAUUUCUUAUUGAAAAUCAUUUCAUUGAUGUAGAGACUCCUACAUUAUUUAAAGCUACACCAGGAGGCGCUCAAGAGUUUAUUGUUCCAACUAGAUUCCCAGGGAAAUUCUAUUCUUUAGUACAAAGUCCGCAACAAUUUAAGCAAAUGCUUAUGGCAGGAGCGUUGGAUAGAUAUUUCCAAAUUGCCAAAUGCUACAGGGAUGAAGGCUCUAGGCCAGACAGGCAACCUGAAUUCACACAAUUAGAUAUAGAAUUAUCUUUUACUGAUGUGGAGGGCAUUAUAAAACUUAUAGAAGAAUUAUUGUUUUAUGCUUUAGCUGAAUUUACCAUCGCUAGAAAUUUUUCUAGGAUUUCUUAUGAGGAAGCUUUGGAGGUAUAUGGCACUGAUAAACCAGAUAUUACUUUUGAUUUCAAGCUUCGAAAUUGUACUGAAAUAUUUGAAGGAAACUCUUUAUUGAAUAAUUUGGAUGAUUUUGCUUGUUAUAGCUUGGUUUUUGAUAAAAACAACUUAAAAGAUUCCUGUGUGUUAACUAAAUCAGUAAAAGAACAAAUGCUGAGAGUAGCUAGUCAGCAUCCAAAAGCAAAAUUGAUACAAGUGAAGGUGACCAAAGAGAAUUUUGCUGAUAAAUUCAAAAAUUUGUUAUCUUCCAAAGAAGCAAGUGCGCUAUUGGAAAAUAUCAGUGAUGGUUCAGUAAUGUUUUUAGCUCAUGGAUCAAAAAAUUAUGCAAGAAAGUUAUUAGGUAAAAUCAGGCUAGAGUAUGUUAAAUAUCUAGAAGAUAGUUUCAAAUUACAAAUAAGGAAAAAAGGUUUACAUUUUUUGUGGGUUUUGGAUUUUCCCUUAUUUGAAAUGAAUGAGGAAAGUGGUGAAUUGCAGUCGGCACAUCAUCCAUUUACAGCACCCCAUCCCGAUGAUUUAGCAUUAUUGAAUCAAGACCCUUUAAAGAUCAGAGCAUUAGCCUAUGAUUUAGUACUUAAUGGUAAUGAAGUAGGUGGUGGUUCAAUACGAAUACAUGAUCCAGUAUUACAAGAAAAUAUAUUAAAUUUAUUGAAGAUUAACAAAGAUACGUUACAGCAUAUUAUUGAUAUGCUAGGUUCUGGUUGUCCUCCUCAUGGUGGUAUAGCUCUAGGCCUUGACAGACUUUUAGCUUUAAUUUUAAAUAUGUCCAGUAUUAGGGAUGUGAUAGCUUUCCCGAAAACAUUUGAAGGAAAAGAACCAAUAAGUGGUGCCCCCUCUGAGGUAUUAGACGAUACAUUAAAAUUAUAUCAUAUAAAAACCAAUAAGUAAAAAAAUCAAUACCUACAUUUUAGUAUUUUUAUUAUCACAUUUAAAUUAAACAUUAGGAUAGAGAGAAAAACAUGGCAACUUGAUAAUUACCUACUAUGUAGUAAAAUUAAACAUCAAUUAUUUUUUGUGUUGAUUUAGUCUUAAAACAAAAAGUCCUAGGAAUCCUUGGAGAAGUGUUAAAGUCUAGUACUCCCAGAUAAAGGGAUUAAAAUUAGUACUUAAAUAUCUGUAGGUAAUAUAUCAGGUAUCAAGUAGCUACACAAAUCAGCUUCAGAAUUGACAAAAGUAACUUUUCCUGCUGUUUUCUCAUCCAGCCAAGCCCUAAUCACAGUCCAACAUCCUGAAAAUAUUGUGGGCGAAUUGAUGAUAAGACAAACUCCCAAUCUCUCAGGAUAGUGUUUGCUCAGCAGCCAUAUGAGGUUCUUAAUCAUUUGAUAGUCCAUACAACUAAGGCCAAAGUUUUUCAAGUCAAAAACUAUGCACAAAUUGUCUAUGACUUCUUCAAAGCAUUUUUUACAGGCUUCUUCGAGACAAUAUACAAUAAACUUUGUAAGUUCUUCAAUGUCUCUAUCAUUGGCAUUGUGGUUUUUGGCUGGAAUAUAAAUCACAGGCCUUCCGUGCAUGUCACGGUGUUUUAAUACUCGAGCUUUAUUGGCAUCCAGGUUUUUUUUCACUGUUGGGUGAUCCAGAUUGAGGGCGUCCACACCAUAUUCUUUUUUCCACUUGUUUGUCUUCAGUAUGGCCUGAAAAGCACUGUCAGCCGUUUUGAAAGCUCGCAAGUACCUUUUUAACGAAAAUUCGUUGUGAAAUUGUUCUGGAUCGGCUUCUGAUAUCAAUUUCAUGCGACUUUUUAGGUCUUGGAGCUGGGAUUCGGACAACUCACUUUGUUCACUCAUUUUUCUUUCCGCACAAAAGGAUAUUCAAUAGAUUUAUGUGAAACUAUUAUGGAUUUUUCAAGCUUAUCUUAUCUAUUUAAUUACUUUUGCUUGCCUGUUUUUAUGGUGAAAAGAUAAGCAUAAGCAGAAACAGUGUUUGGACCAUCAUCAUAAUAUAUUUUCUAAAACAAAAAAUAUUUUCUUUUCCAUUGUCCUGUCUCUGUCAACCUCAAAUU